CAGCCGGUUUCGGCAUCGUCGCCACGCUCCUCUCCUCGAUGUUGUGCGGCCGCCUUCGGCGUUGGGAGGCGCCGACAUAUCCAGCGGCAUACAGCAAAUCUGCCAAUCACCCCCUGGGCCAAGGUUCACAUCGUCCGCCGCCGCAUGUCGUCAGGGCCGGCGCUACCGCGACAUCCGUCGCGCCACCUCUCGCGUCAAGCGCUUCUUGAAGCUCUCAGUGGCUCCUUCCUGCGUCCAAGAGAGGUUGCUACUGCCGAGCCCCGAAGGGUGUAAUGCCCGCCCCCUGGGCUGUCUACCCUUGCGUGUUCCACCUGCUGGCUGUCCCCCUUUCUCGUCUGCCCCCGCAGCGUUCGACCGCGCCUCCCCUCCUCUUCUCAGGCCGGGUAUUGGCCUUUGGAUUCUGGGUGGCAUCGGCGCCCACCGCUGCCGGGGAAUUGUCUUGAGGUGCUUCGCCGUUUGGGAUUUUUUUCUUGGGCCCUCCAUGGGUUCGGGGACCGUUAACAAAAGACGCGCGGUGAAGAGUUGGUCCCGGAGGAAGGCCCCAGGGUCCAGGACUCGCUUCCUUCAUGCCCAAGGGGGGCUGUACGGACGCUCGGUGGAGGAGUAUUUUCCUCCCCCCCUCAGGCUCGGGGUGAUGAACCAGUACGGCGUCACCAGGUACACCAGCGAGGAGCUGCAUAAAACGCACUCCAAGAAGUUCUACUGGCCUGACUCUGCCAACCGCGAUCGCUACGACUUCACCGGUGCCUUGGACCUCACCGAGAACAUAUCCUGGGGCUGGCACCACCCGAACGGUGUCUACAACACUAUUCCGGUGGGCGCCCCCCUCAUCGACGGCGACCAGAACAUCUACCUCGGCUCGGACGACGCCGUGCGAAAAUUCAGCGCCUCUGGCGACCUCCUGUGGAGCUAUGCCCCCCGAGGCCAGCUCGCUGCCGCGCCCACCCUGUUGGGGGCCACCGCCGGUGACUCGGACCGGGAGGGCGUGGCGUUCUCCAGGGACGAGGAGACCCAGCUGGAGGACACGCUGUCGCCGGAGGACCCGAAGCCUGAGGGCGCGGCUGGCCUCGUGGCCGGGCACGCCAGCGGCGCGGCUCUCGGGCUCUUCCGCGAGCUCCGGGUGGGCGACAGGGUCAAGGUGAAGCCGGGCGUGGGGUACCACGCGGACGGCAAGGAGUACUACAAGGCAGGGGACCUCGGCCAGAUCGAGAAGGUCGACGCCGCUGGGGGCGAGCCGAGGGCCACGAUCCGCUGGCAGCGCAGCGGCCACCGCAGCGUCGCGGGCCUCUCCGCCCUGAGCAAGCGGUUCGUGAGCAUCCGGGCGCCGAGGAGGUCCGCGCCUGCCAUGCUGGUGGGCAGCACUACCUCCGGCUACGUGUUCGCUCUGGAGCUGUCGACCGGGGAGGAUCGGCUGUGGGCGACACAGGCUUCGGAACAGAUCGCUGGCGUGAAGGGCGCGGUCUCUGGCAGGGGCGGGGUAGUGGUGGUCGCGACCGACCGCUGCAAGGACCACCUCUGCUACCGCUACCGCAACAGCUCCAACCCCCUGACUCCUGGCAACAACGUCGUCCGGGGCAUCAGCGCCUCGGACGGCAGCUCCCUUUGGCAGUACGCGACCUUCUCCCCGGUGUGGAACUUUGUGCCGCAGUAUCACACGAGCGACGGGACCGUGAUGUUCAGUGACCAGGAGGGCAACACGUACUGCCUGGACCUCGAGACCGGGGUCGAGAGGUGGAUGACCGAGGGGGCCAUGGGCACGUACACCCAAGCCAACGCCGUGUACGAUCCCUUGACGAACCUCAUCUUCGCCAUGGGCGUACAGGCGUACGACAGCAAGUACUGCAACCCGUUCCCCGCCCCCGGCGUCUUGCCCGAGUGCGGCACGUGGCCGGGCUCGCCCGGCUGGGUACGCGCGCUCAACGCGAGCUCCGGCCGCGCGCGCUGGGAGCGUGAGACCCCGGAGCCCCCAGCCAGCGCCGCCGUCGGCAUGCUGAACAGCCCCCAGUUCCACUCUCGGCUCGUGGUCGCCAUGGGGCACAACUGCUACUACAACUCCCCCUCCAAGAUCUGGGCCGUCGACCCCCCCAACGGCGACAUCCGCUGGUCGAAGGACGGCCCCACGCUGUGGGCGGGCAUGUGCGCGGGCGACAAGGAGGGCGGCGACAUCCGCAGGGCCAUGGGCGGGCGAGCGGCGUGCGUGCCGGGCGCCUGGUCCACCCCUGCGAUCGACCAGCGCGGCGACGUCUACAUCGGCAACCAGGUGGGCGAGCUCCAGAGGUGGGGGUCAGAGACGAACGAGGGAGCCAAGAGCGUCAAGCUGCUCUCAACGCUGACCACGGGAGUGGCCUUCCAGGACCAAGCCGUGGCCUUCUCCACGGGCAUCAUGGCCGUGUCGACGUGCACGUCGCUCCUGGUCUUCCAGACCUUCCCGGACAACCUGACGGUAGACACCGAGUGGUACUAGCGAGAGUACACAGUGAGGGUUCGGGAGUGAGCAUCGCGGGCCUAGCCGGAAUGCGGGUCUUUUAGCUCCUUGCCGUUGCCCCUGCCGAUGAGCCUCGGAAUGCGGGCUUUCUUGGGCUAUGGCGCACGGAUUGCGUGCGUCUGUUGCCUCAGUUUCGCUCGUCCUGUGCGCAAAUUCCAUCGGAAUACGUGUGGCAUACGUACGUAUUGCAUGUUUGGCAUACGUUCGUUUUGUGCGCUGUUUUUUUGACGCUUUGGCGGACAGUCCGCUCGCCCGCAUCAUGACGUUGCACGGGCCAUGCAA